GGUAUAGCUCAAGCGCAGGCUGUUAUCAAAAAGUAUCUGAGAGAUGUGAAGAUAGAGAGAAAAGUUAUGGAAUAUAAUUGCGAGCAUGUUGAAGAAUCAGUAAAUAUAAAGAAACUUAAAAAAAGGUGGCCAAACAUGAUACCUUCAGAUAUCAAUUGUAUAACUUGCGUUAAUGCUAAUGCAAAAUCAUUAUCAGAACAAACUAUUUGGCUCUGCCUUGCUUGUUGUAAGCCACAUUGUAGUCGUUUUGAUGAGAGACAUGGAAUUCAACACUAUGAAGAAAAAGUAAAUCAUAAUAUUUCACUUGAUUUAAAAAAUUUUAAAGCCUGGUGCUAUGAAUGUAAACGUUAUGUUUUUCCUUCAUUGAAUAAAAAUCAAGUUAUAGCUCAAGCACAAGCUAUUAUUCAAAAAUAUUUCAGGAGAGAUGUGGAGGAAGAAGAUACGGAAAGCAAUUCAAUUCUUGACCUUUUAAAUAUAAGUUGCAAGCAUGUCAAAGAAUCAGUGAAUAUAAAGAAACUUGAAAAGAAGUUGCCAAACUUGGUGCCUUUGAAUAUUAAAUACUUGUGUUAAUAAUAAUACAAAAGCAUUAUCAAAACAAACUAUUUGGCUCUGUCUUACUUGCUGUAAGCCACAUUGUGGUCGCUUUGAUGAAAAACAUGGAAUUCAACACUAUGAAGAAAAAGCAAAUCAUAAUAUUUCACUUGAUUUAAAAACUUAUAAAGCCUGGUGUUAUGAAUGUGAACAUUAUGUUUUUCCUUCAAUAGCUCAAGCACGAGCUGUUAUACAAAAUUCAAGUAGUUAGGUUAACUAAUAUAAUUUAUGAUUUGUGCAUGAAAAAUUAGUAUUGAAUUAUGAAAUAGUUAAGUAAAUUACAUUUUCAUUAAAUGAAUUAAGAAUAAUUAUUAAAUAAAAUCGUUAUUAUAUUAUAAUAAAAAAUGGUUAUCAUUUUAAUAGUAUA